CUGACGGUUCAGUGUCGUGCGCGAUUUCGUACGCGACGCUUGCCAACUUCCGGCCGUGACGGGCUUCCUCGCGUAAAGUCGAUCGUUUUCGAGUUCCCGAGUCGCGAUCGUAAAAGAAAAAAAACACACAGAAGAUCGAGAGAACGAUUCGUCAGUGAACAAUGAGGGGAUCGCUAGAUCGGACUCUGGUUCCGGCUUCGUGCCUCAAAAUCUACCACAUAAAGAUUUUUUGAUUCGCUUAUCGAUGACGAUCAAUGAUUUUUGAAAAGGAAUCGUUUAUUCGACAUGAAACAUUUCAAGAGCACCGAGCUCAACUGUGAGCGAUAAAAAAAAUCUAUACAGAGAGAGAAAAACAAAAAAUAACUUGAUAUAAUUAAAAUCGUUUGAAUAAAACUACGGUAGUAAUUUUUCCAUUAGAGGAACAGUGGUAACUGGUUAUUCUGCCGGCUGAACUUGGACUUCUCGCGCAGCUAAUCGUUCUAAUCGAACGGAAGCCGUGGCUUCCGGUUGUCGGAAGAGUACGCGGGAAACCGUGUCGAGGAAGAACUGUCGGAAUGCAAGCUCUAAAUUUACUGUUCGUAGCACGCUUCUGAAUCUAAUACGCAAGUUAUUUCGGGGUCGAUAAGGUCGUUGGAUACUUUGGUAGCCGGUUCUCGUCAUUAUCUUCAUCGUGGUGCGUAUAUCGCGCGGAGGAAUUAUAUCCGGCAUUCGGCUGAUGGUCCGCAAAUAGCUGGACACGGUGGAGCUCGGUGGUAUCUGGUAGAAAAGUCCUGUGUGUGCGGUGGUACACGGUGAAGUCCUGGUCGUAAUGACUCGUAAUUGCACGAAGGAGGAGCGAACGUCGAGCUGGAACGAUUUAAGGAACACCUAGCGUCACCCUUCCGCCCCUCUCUGGCUAUAAUGAUUAGGUGCACGCGACUUCAAGGUUUAGUCGGUUGAAGUGUGGUGAACCGGGGAUAAGGAACCGCGAUGUUCCCUAUCUGAAUACGAUUUUGCCAGCCGAGAUAGGUUAUCACCAGGCCAGGCCAAGCCAGUGUCCUACGUAAAUUACAGAUCAACCGAGUGGAUUCACCGAGAUUUAAUUAAGGAGCCAACAUGGACACGUCGCCAACGCUAAGUAUCGGCGGCUCGAGGGCCCGUGCGGCCCUUUUAACUACAACCGGUAGCGGGACCGGAAGUGCCGAUAGACGUGUUGUCUUUUUAGCGAGUCAACCGACCGUUGGGAGUAGUCACGAGACGAAGACCUGGCCUCAUCAUUGGUCACCCCACACGACCGGGAACAGUUACAAAUCGCCCGAGGAGUCGCCGCAUUCGGAGCACAGCAGAUUGAGGAUGUCUCGAGGGCAAACAGGCUGGGCAGACGAGCCGUGCACGUCGACCGGUGGCCGGAACGUGGUUAGACAAUCCGCGGGACCAUCCUCGAGAAGGACACCUCCCCUUCUCGAGGACCGCACUUCCGGUACCGCGUCCUGCAAGGAAGGACUGAGGUUAGGCGUGUACGGCUGGAGAAAGAGGUGUCUCUACUCGUUGGUGCUGACUUUAAUGAUCAUCGUGAUCCUGAACCUGGCUCUCACAGUGUGGCUGCUCAAAGUCAUGGGAUUUAGUUCCGAGGGAAUCGGCUCGCUGAAGGUGGUGCCCGGAGGGAUCGAGCUCAGAGGUCAAGCUGCCGUUCUGGAUGCUCUGGUGGCCUCCAGCCUCAGAUCCAGACGAGGAAAGAAUCUGGUUCUCGAGUCUUGGAGCAACUUCACUGCUUCUGCUAGGUCGCACGAUGGCCGACUACUCGCGCGAUUCACAGUUGGUGAAGAUCGCGUGGACUGUGUGUCGAGAGGGUUUCGAAUAACCGACCCUCGAGGAGGAAUCCUCUUCUCGGCGGACAGGGAGCAGGUGGUGGUGGGGGCGGAAAUGCUGAGGGUAACCGGUGACGGGGGUGCCGUUUUCCAGGGCAGCGUUCAAACACCGUUGGUCAGAGGGGAAUCGGGUCGCGGCCUCAGACUAGAGUCAGCGACCAGAUCCUUGAAGAUCAGCGCUCCUCAACGAGUGGUGAUCGAAUCAUGGGCCAACGAAAUAUCAGCUUCCUGUCUAACUGAUUUGAAGCUACAAAGCGUCCACGGUGCCAUCAAGCUAGACGCAAAGGCUUUGUUCAUGAAGGGUCUUAAAACAGCCAGUCCGAGCCAAGGGCACUCGUCGAGAGAACAACAACAACAACACUCCUCCAGGACAUCUUCUCAUCAGAAUCAAAGGGACACGACCAUUUAUCAGUUAUGUGCCUGUGCUAACGGCAAACUGUUUCUCGCUAGAUCCGAGGGUACCUGCCAAGCGGACAAAUCAAUUUGCUAAUACCAGACAUUCGAGUAAAGCAACGUUCAACCUCGAAGAAUCUGAUCGAGCAAGAUCAAAGACACUAGUAUCUACGUGAGAACGCUAACGAACGAUGAACUGGUGACGAAGAAAGUGUUGCAAAAGUAGAAUCCAUGCAGGUGACGGUGUACAGUAGUCGAAAGUCCCGAGAUCGCCCAAGGCCUUUGCUUUUCGCUGGUGUUUUCGUGUUCUAGAGGAACCGCGUUCAUUUUCUUUUUUUUUUUUUUUU